UAUGCUGCGGUUUUUUUCUUGACAUUUAAAAAUACUGCUUCUAUGUAAUGUUAAGUCUUACAAAAUCAACAAAAAAUAUUGACAUUCAACUUGAAGAAGAAAAAUAUUACUUUCCUGGUCAAAUAAUCAAAGGUGUUAUCAAUGUACAUCCCAAACAUCCAACGAAAACGAAUAAUAUAGUUUUGAAGUUUACUGGUGAAUUUUCUUUAUCUUUAAAGGAAAAAGAUACUAUUUGUCUAUUUCAAAACACAAAGAUCAUCAAUGUGAACUCCUCCGACGAAGAACAAACCAAAUCCAUUAUUCUAGAAUCCAAGUUAUAUACCUUCCCUUUUGAAUUCUUGGUACCAAAUGAUAUUCAACUUCCUAGUACGAUGGAUUUUAACAAGAAAACUCGUAUUCGAUAUACACUCUCGGCAUUACAUGAUAAACAUAUGGUUCCUGAAUCGCUUUGUCCAAAGGUAGAUUAUCCCGUACAUAUAUUGGAAUUUAUCGAUAUUGAUGACAAGAAGUACAAAAUACCACAACUCAAGACUUCUCAUGUGCCAUUAUCCAAUAUCAACAAUCCAUCAUCAUCAUCAUCAUGUAUUAUCCGGGUUUCUAUUCCACGUUAUGGUUUUACACGCGGUGACAUUGUCCCUCUCUCCUUGGUCAUUCAUCAUAUCGAACCUAUUACUCUUUCCGAAGCUAUUGAUAUUAGUUUGAUUCGUACUGUGGAAAUUCGAAACAAUAAAAUCAAUCAAACCAAAGAAGAUAUACUUAAAUCAAUAAAAUGCGAUAUCGAUAUCAACGGUACAUCAUCACACUUCUCUCAAGCCAUGAAACGCCAGCUGUUGGUUCCAACAUCAACACCUCCGUCGACGCAAUUCAGGGACAACUUGUUACAAAUUCAGUAUAAAGUCCGCGUUAAUGCCCAACUUCAGGCCAACAAUCAACAAAAAGACAAGAAAACUCAACAAGACGGUACUUGUACUAUCGAUAUUCCUAUUGUUAUUGGUACUUAUCCUCGCGCAUCCAUUCCAAUUGAUGACGAUGACGACAAUAACGACAAUGAUAUAUAUCUUGAAACAGAUUUUAUUGAUAUGGCAACCAAUAGCAUUUCUUCUGAAAGCAACUUGAAUGAUUCUAGUAGUAUCAUUAGUGAUGACAGGAACGCUGGCAGUACUAUCAGCAGUCUCUAUUUAUCACAAGUUGAACAGCAUCACAUUAUGGAAAGUGACCAGAUUCGCCAACUGAAAAAGUACUCCUCUGAAUCAUCAUCAGGUAACUCAUCUUCUUCCACCAUCAAGCUCACAGCAAGACCUACACAUGGCAGCGACAUAGGAAAUGGUACUGUUGGCCGCUCUGAUUCUUUGGCUUCAAGAACAUCCAAUAAAUCUAGUUCAUCCUUCUCAUCCUAUCGAUCGAAUCAAUCUUGGGAAAACUCUUCGCCAUCGUUAUCACGGAACACCUCAUUUAGCACCAAUGUCUCUCUUACCGAUACUAAUAAAUCGCCCGUGAUUACCGUGAAUUUACCUUCUACAUCCGAAACAAUCGUUAUGACAGCUACACCAUGUUUUGACGACAAUAUCAACAAAAAUAUAUCACCAUUACCACAUCAUCGCGGGUCCGAUCCAACUGGUAUGGUUCUUCAACCUGUUUCUGCACAACGACAUUCUUAUCAUGAUCGAGAUCAACCUUCAGGGAAAAAUAGUGAUGCUUCAUUCAUUGACCAUCAAAAACGACACUCUAUCACAUUGUCAUCAUCGCAGUCAUCAAUAUCGGAAAAUUCGUUUAGCGUUACCAACAACUCAUCAACCAAUAUCACACUCUUAGCAGCGUCUUCAGCUUCACCACCAGUAGCCUCUAUUAUUACCUCUCGACAUCAUCACUCAUCAACUUCAUUAAGUUCUUCUUUCCACAACAACGAAAUAUCAAUGAAGAAUCAUCCUGGUUCAAGAUCACCAACACUUCCAUUACCUGCUAUGAAUCCAACAACCAUAAUGUUACAACCUGUGGAAAAUAAUGUGGAUAAGCGACCAUCAGUAUCAUCAGUGCCGCAAUCGCCAAUGAAGAAGGCUAUUGAUGUUACAAUGCCGGAUGUAUUAGGUAGUCGGGACAGGAUUCGCAAGGAUACAAUGGAUAGUUAUCAAAAUAAUAGAAAUGGCAAUGAUGAUGAUGAUGAUGACGACUAUGACAACGACGAUGACGAUGAUGAUUAUGAUGAAAGUGAUCUACUGGCAAUUGUCAAGAAAAAACAAGAACAAAUUCUUUUGGAUGAACAGACUCGAUUACGCAUAACAGAAAUGAAAAUUUAGUUAAUAUAUUUAUUCUUUUACUACAUUACUUUUUAUUUUUAUUUUAUACCCCCCUUUUUAUUUAUUUAUUUAUUGUUAUUACUAUUAUUGUUAUCUUUACUAUAUAUAUAUAUCGUUUUCUUUGUACAGUGAU